AUGUAUUUCGGUGUUCCAUCACUGUCACCAAAGCUUGCAACUGUGACAAGAAACUGGAAAUGCUUAGUGUAUAUGUUUUUGCUGUUCCUGAGCCUUUUUGAUAGUGCAUCUGGGGCGUGUCCUUCAGCUUGUAUCUGUGCCAGUGACAUUGUAAGCUGUACAAACAAGAAUUUGUCUACAGUCCCUAAGAGCAUUAUCAAAUUUAUAAAAAAACUGGAUUUAAGCUAUAACAAGAUUGGGUUUUUGGAUGCAGACUGGUUUCCAGUGCUGUUUGAUAAAUUGCAAACUCUAAUAUUAAAUCACAACACUAUUAACAGCAUUUCUACAGGAAGUUUUUCAACUCUUCCAAAUGUGAGGCACCUUGACUUGUCAUCAAAUCACCUAAGGACAUUGAGCAAUCCCAUAUUCCAAGAACUCAAAAUGUUAGAAGUUCUUCUACUUUACAACAACCACAUAACUCAUAUUGAUUCUUCUGCCUUUGGAGGACUACACAAUUUGCAAAAGCUGUAUCUAAGCAGUAAUUCCCUGACACAUUUCCCAGCGGACAUAUACACUGGCAGAAACAAACUCACAGAACUCAUAUUGUUGGACAUUUCUCAUAAUAACUUGCAAACAUUACCAGUUCAACAAAUCAGUUUAAUUUCAGCUAGACAACUUAGUGGCAUUUACCUCCAUGAGAAUCCAUUUCUUUGUGACUGUUCUCUAAACGUAAUGUUAAUGUUUUGGUAUCAUAGACAUUUCAGUCCGGUUGUGGAUUUUAAAAAUGAUUUCAGCUGUGUUAUGUACAACUCUAAAAGUGACACAAAACUACAAUUAAUUCAAGAAAGUUUUCUCAAUUGCUCAGAGGGAGCUGUCAAUGGUUCUAUUCAUGCAUAUGGACUUCUCUAUGAGGCACAGGUUGGAGAAAGACUGGUGGUUCACUGUGACAGCCGAAUAAUAGACUUGAGCACAGAGUUUAUUUGGGUGAGCCCUGAUGGUCGUACUCUGGAACCCUAUACCACUACUGAGAAUUAUCGUGUUUUCCAUAAUGGGAGUUUAGAAAUUGAAAAUGCCCAAAUUGAGCAUUCAGGAUUAUACUCAUGUACUGCAAUGAACAAGAAAAAACCUUUUAAUGAAACCAUAGAUAUUAGAAUAAUGGUGAGCAAUUUUACAACCACCAAAUCUCAGGCUCACGAAGCUUUCAAUACUGCAUUCACUACACUUGCUGCUUGUGUAGUCAGCAUUGUCUUAGUACUUCUCUACCUUUAUCUUACACCAUGUCGUUGCUGGUGUAAGUCUAAAAAACAUCAAAGAAAACAGAAUGCAAGCAGUGCCCACUCAUCCAUUUUAAGUGGCACGCCAUCAGAUGAACCCCCUUCUGAAAGGAAAUCCAGCACUAACAAACGAGUAGUGUUUCUGGAGCCGGUCAAACAGGCAGAUCAUGGACAAAAUGGCAAAGUAAGACUGAUCCCUUCUGAUAAUCUCACAGCUGAGAGCAUCUUAAAAACAAGCAGGUCAAAAUCUGACUCUGAUUCUGUCAGCUCUGUUUUUUCUGAUGCCCCUUUCAUUGCAUCAGUGUAACCAACUGCACCUUUUUUGCUUUUUCCAGCUAGAACUGUGCACUGAAAGCAACAAUAACUCUUAGUAUAUCAUUUAAAGCAAAUGCCUUUGUUUAUCAAACAUAGCAUACUCAUCUAUAAUGUUUAAUGAAUGUAAUACAAUUUUAGUACACCAAAACAGUACACUUAAUUCAGGAAUUACAGUAGAAAUAUAUAAUAUAUCUACCUAGUUUUUGUUAAAUCUAAACAUUAUCUUCCGUUAUAGGAAGAUCAGUUUUUGUUCAGGAACUAUAGGAGUGCCACUCUGUAUUAGUUUGAUCUACAACCGAUCUAAGAAGAUCAUUGUUGAUCCUUUUAUCUCAUAACCCUUUAAAUAAAAUAUUAAUGCUGCAGAAUAUAACAAUAUUUUGCUAUGGGAUUUGAGGAAGGAGGCAUAUUUUUAAACUAAGAAAGAUGCAAGAUAUUAAUAUUUUUCGGUAGCAGCAGGUCAACAACACAUUGCAGACCAAAGUCAGAUAAUAGGUUAAGCACAAAUGUAAUUUUAUGGUAUUUAAUACAUUUCAUAUACAUAAUAUAUGUCUAUUAUAUUUGUGUAGAGUAUUGGUCAAUAAUGUAUAUGUUUAACCCCCUACAGUCUUUAGAACACAUUACAAUUAGCAAAGCAUUAUCUAUUUUAUUUAUAUCUGUUGAAUUUUGCAAAAGCAACAGAAUAUAUUUUCUUAUACUUUUAUUAACUGUUUCUAAGACUUAUAGAAAAUCAUUUGCUAUGCAAACUGAUUCUAUAAAAUAUAAACAUAAUGUGCAGGCAAUGAAUGACAUAACUAGAAAAAGAGGCCCUGCAAAGCUAUUUUUUACUUGUUACAAAAUGUUCAGCUUUACAAUAUUCAGUACCGAAAAUGCACAAUCUCAUGAGUAAUUUAAUAUAGUUUAAUACUGUGUUUUAGGUAAUCAUUAAACAUUCUUACAGUUUGCAUUAUAUCUACAAGUUUAGCCUUUAAUACCGUAGAUGCUGUAACAUUCAGGCUGGUGGUUUUAUUAGAUGAGUAUUUUGCAAAUGCUGAUUGGCAUAUGUGAAACAAAUGUUUGUAAAUCUGUUUGCAGCAUUAGAAGUCAUAGAUAUAAAAUGUAUAAUGUAUGUUCUGGUAACCCAAAGCUUUUUGAAUUAAGACCCCCAUAAAUAUAAAAAUGCAUUGUUUUGGUGACGUAGGGAAAAUGUAUCAAUCAUCAUUAUAUUCCAACUUGUGAAUUAUUGAUUAACAUUACCCAAGCCAAUUCCUAUGAGACGUGAGAUUUAGCAUCACAUAACUGUGAUGUUUUUAUAAUGUUUCUGUUAGUUGAGAUUUUUUUAUAAAUGAUCUGAACAUCUAAAAUAUAUGUUAAUCUUGACAACUACAGAAUCAAUUCAAACUACUGUUUAUUCCAUAAGGUAAAUAUAACAUAUAUUUUUUUUAUUAUUAUUAUAAAGGAAACAAAUUGUCCAUUUUCAGGUUAUUCACAAUCAUUUUUAUUUGGGAAGGCAAUAGAUGCAAUCUGUGAACUGUCUAUAAAAAGUUAAACUCAUAUGUAGAUUUGCUGAUUAGGAAAUACAAUUAUUAAAUGAUUAAUAAUAAUAAAAGGGUUGGCUAAACUGUA